CGCAAAUUGUCUUCCUACUUUACACUCUCCCCUCAAAACCUGCAGACCACUCGCAAUGUCUUCUGGGAAAGCAGAACAGGAACUCGCAAAGAAGCAGUACAGAGACUGGUCUUUGCCACCCGCCUUCUUGGCACGCCUGAAGGCUUCUCCAGAGGCGGUACUUGAUGAAUUGGUCCCUCUCAAGCCCAUCAAGUCUCAGGAAAAGGAAACACUCGAUGAGGCUACCCGAUCGCACCCGUUCAUCGACGCCAUGAAGUCGACUGAGGACGUUAGGACGGAGAAGGGUGCUCUUGCUCACCAGUCUACGGAUGCGCCGCUCGUUGACCUUUUCUUUGAUCUUGCCCCCGGCGUUGAGGCGGAACACCUUUUCAAUCUCCUAAAGGCUGCUUGGAAGGAUGAUGCAUUGUCGACUUUGAAGAUCGUUUUCCACUCUCGGUCUAUCCAUGGGGGCAAGGGGUACAAGGAUGGUUUCUUUCGCGCUGUAGCCUGGGUAUGGGAGCACCACCCCCGGACAUUACUUGAAAACGAGAAACAAGACGCUACCAAGCGUCAGAGGACGGUAGAGGAGGAGCUGAACAAGGGCAAUGUGGUAGUAUUGGAUGAUAAAGGAGACGUCGACCUUGGCAAGCCACUGGUGGAGUAUUCCAGCCGUCCCCAUGGCACAUUCGAUGAUCUUCUUGACUUGCUUGUCCUCCAUAUCAACGGUCAGCUUGACACUUCCUAUACCGAACCGCUCAACGCCGUCGACGAAGGCCUCGCUCCUGCCAAAGCCGGGCAUACCUUCAAGAAGGCCCGUCUGAGCGCCAAGGCAGAAAAGACCGAGAAGCGCGAUCGAAGUGGCUUCAAAGGGAUAGUUGGGGAAGCCAAGAAGCUGGAAGAGUCUAAUGACAGUACUAGUGGCGCUGCCGAGAGAGAGUUUCGGGUCAAACUCUUGAAAGCUCCUGAUAUGACCCAGAAGCACCACCUGCUCGCCGAACGUCUGGCAUCAGCUUUGAAGGACGAUGAAAAGUUUCAAGCUCUCUACAUCACCGUCGCUCACAUCUUCCACAAGUAUCUCAAGGCCGACCUUCAGCUGCUUGACCAGCACAGAGAGGCGCUCCGAGCACCAACCGAAAAGACCAGAUACUCUCCUCACUUGCUCAAGUUGUCUUUUGCUGCCAAAUGGGCUCCAGCGCCGGGCAAGUCAGCAGACAAGACGCUUCACAUCGCAACUGGUCUUUCGGCUCUUCUCUUCCCCAGUUUCGAUGGUUAUUGGGCGAGGCAGAAGCUUCAGAAAGAGGUAUUGACACCGUUGAGAGAGGCAUUGGCGGUGCCCGAGGUUGCUAUGUCCAACAGGUCUUGGAAGAUCAACUACACAAAGGUCCCAUCGCGAGCCAUGAGUCGCUAUGCUCAGAGUUUCGCGGACAACGAUCCCAAGGGUUUCCAAGCCUACCUUGAGAAGGUCGCCUCGGGACGGGAUACGAUAUCGGGUGCUAGCAUGAUGCCCCAUGAGCUUUUGCUCAACGUGCUCACCAAAGACAACAAGUGGGUCAUAUUGAAGCAGCUUGCAGGCCUCCAGUGGGCUACACUCGUCGAAUCCAUUCGUUCCAGCUCCAGCAGUGCUCUUUCAAACUGCAUCGCCAUCGCUGAUGUAUCCGGUUCUAUGGGCUCAACAGAAUACAACGACAUGGGCAGUGCCAAGGCCCCCCAGCCCAUACUUCCCUGUAUCGCCCUCACUCUUCUCCUUUCUGAGCUUUCGGAAGCGCCAUGGAAAGGUCACUUCUUUAAGUUCUCCGAGGACCCAACGUUUGAAUAUAUUGACCCAGCCCUUCCCCUCGCUGAACGCGCGGCGAAACUGAACCGCUCAAACUGGGGCGGGUCUACUCAUUUCGCCAAGACGUACGAGCUCAUCCUCCAAAACGCCAAGAAGGAAAAACUCGCGCCAAGAAAAAUGGUCAAGAAGCUCUUUGUCUUUUCAGACAUGCAGUUUGAUAGUGCUAGGAGCGCUAGCUAUGGCGAGACGGAACAUCAGGUGAUGAGGCGGCGUUUCAAGGAAGAGGGGUAUAAGAUUCCAGAGUUGGUUUACUGGAACCUAGCCACCCGGGAGAAGGGGACGCCGAAGCCUGCCAAGUCGAAUGUCGAAGGGGUGACGCUCUUCUCUGGUUUCUCUGGUGCGCUCAUGAAGUUUAUCUUUGGCGAGGAGGCGGUGGAUGAAGAUGUCGAGGAUAAGGACGAUGAGCUUCAAGGGUCAUUUGAAGCAGUCAAGAUUGGAGAGCAUGACGAGGGGGGCAAUGGUACGGUGAACGAUGGGGAGAAGAAGAAGAAGAUAAAGGCCAACCCUUUGGACCAAGUUCGCAAGGCUAUUGGCAUCGAGCCAUUUGCCGGGCUGAAGGUGAUUGAUUGAUUGUUCAGACCCAUACAAACAUGUUGUAUCCUGUAUUUAUAUAUCAUAAAUAGACCACCGGCUGUGACCAG